ACCAACAUCCCGCAUGUUGGUCCAACAUGUGAGCUGCAGAGGGAGGCUGUGAGGAUGAAGGUCUCUCCACAACUGCACUGAUUUCUUAUUUAUUUUUAUUUUUCUUAUUUUUUUUAUAAAACCAAACUCGAUAUGAAACGCAUGGAUUAUGGAUCGGAUGUGGAUAUUCUGCCAGGUCCUACUUGUUGUGCGUGUUUGCGUGAGUUCGUCGGUGCGUGAUGAGGACGACGCGUCCUGCGAUGGAGCGUUUGAUAUUUAUUUUGUUCUGGACAAGUCGGGCAGCGUGUGGGGCCACUGGGACGAGAUCUUUGGGUUUGUGGAGCAGCUCACCAGCAGGUUUGUCAGCCCCAGAAUGAGGGUUUCCUACAUCGUCUUCUCAGCUCGAGCCGUCGUGGUGCUUCCACUGACCGGAGACAGGUCGAAGAUCGACGAGGGUUUGAACGAGCUGAGCCAGAUCACUCCAGCCGGUGAAACGUACAUGCAUGAAGGCCUGAAAGCGGUGUCGGAGCAAAUGAAGACGCAAACUUCACCGACGUCCAGCAUCAUUAUCGUUCUGACUGACGGCAAGCUGGACGUGUACCCGUUUGAGCUGAGUGUGAAGGAGGCUGACCGGGCCAGAGGCUUCGGAGCCAGAGUGUACUGUGUCGGGGUCAUGGACUUCGACCACAAACAGCUCGCUGAAAUAGCAGACGGCACGGAGCAAGUCUUUCCAGUUCUGUCCGGGUUUCAUGCCCUCAAAGAUAUCGUCAACACGGUCCUGAAGCAGUCGUGCUCUGAAGUUUUCACAAUAGAGCCGUCGAGCGUUUGUGUGAAUGGUAAGAUCCAACAUGUCCAUGUGUUGUUUUUAUACGAGCAGUCAAGACCAUGACUCAGGGUCGGAUUAUCGAGUCACGACUGUAUAUUGUAAGGUACAUACAAGGCCUUAGUAGGGAUGGAGUGAUUUUAGGGCAUAAAGGGAAUUCAUGGAAAAAAAUACUUUAUUCAUAUAUAACUUUGACACAACGAUAAAAGUUUUAAAAGGUUUAAAUAAAUGACCUGAGAGGACUUUAAUGUGUCAAAAUAAUUC